GUCGGGACCCGUGCCUGAGGCACUAAGCAUUACAGUAAUGGUUAUGGAGCGGCUGGCGGACUUCGUCAGCAAGUCUCUGGAAGGUGGUGAAGCACCCACGCCACCGACCGACGGAGGUGAUGUGGACGAUGUUGAUGAAGAGGUGGAUAUCACGGCGCUGGAAGAGAAAGCACCGCCGGUAAAGAGACCUCGGAAUUGGCUGGUGUCUCCUGUACCUGUGCAGCAUUACAGGCGAGAGGAUGACGACGAUGACCAUAAACACGAUCUAUCAGAUAAAUCAAACGGAAGCAUUAGUAACGGUGGCAGUAAGCAAAGACGCUCCCGAACCAACUUCACUCUGGAACAACUUGGAGAACUGGAGAGGCUAUUCGACGAGACGCAUUAUCCUGAUGCCUUCAUGCGGGAAGAACUUAGUCAGAGACUUGGACUGAGUGAAGCUAGGGUUCAGGUGUGGUUUCAAAAUCGACGAGCAAAAUGCCGCAAACACGAGAGUCAAAUGCACAAAGGUCUGUUAAUAAGUGGCAGUGGAACGCCUCUGGAGCCAUGUCGUGUGGCGCCCUACGUGUCUGUGCCGCGUCUCAGCAACGUGUCCACUGGACAGAGAAUGCCUGCGCCACCACUGACACUCGCACCACACCCUACACCCACAGCGUUUGCACCCUUCGAUUCAGCAUUGCUCUCUGCUGCUGCACAUCAGUAUGCGAGUGCCGCCGCGGCCGCUGCAGCAGCUGCUCUCUGUCCGCCGUAUGCGGGCUUGGCCGCGUUAGCCGCCCGCUGCAGAUCGUCUUCCAUCGCCGACCUGCGGCUCAAAGCGCGUCGCCACGCUGCCGCUGUCGCUGCUGCUCGUGGCCCCUCCCCUCCGCCCGCAGUCACAACUCCAACCAACACUGUACAACCCGCUGACACAUAGCCCACACCUCAAAUCAACAACUGAUGCUGUAUAUUUUGUAUGAUAGGUAAUAUCUUCCGCUUAAUUAAAUUAAGUUCGAAAUUUAAAGCUUCGAAAUGUGGUUGAGACAAUGCAAACGAAUGCUUGACCAAACUUGUGAACAAGGAAAACUGUGAUAAGUGUCAAAUAUCGAGUGAAAAUACAUUUACCUAAAUAUGAUAGGUUAAGUUGUAAAACUAUUAACUACUAAGUAUAUAUAAAUAGA